CUUUUAUUAUUAUCUAUAUAUUUAUGCCUACAUACAUAUGUAUAUACUUGAAAUUUCAUGGAAUCUUGUCUUGAAAUCGAUCACUCAUUGACGUAGCAGAUAUAAAAUGUGUGAUGUGUUCGAAGUCAGGUCAUAACUCUAUUUCCCCGUUAUGCAGUUAUAAUAAAAUACCUAAAGAAAAAGAUGAAUGAUUCAAAGGAUAUUAUAUCUGCGGGAAAAUAUUUUCUUUAUAAAAAUACAAUGCUACGUGUAAUCAAUAUUUGCUAAUUUUUAAAUAGAAACGCAUAAUUCUUCUUCCAUUAUAGGUCGAUUCUUCUCAUCAUUUUAGAAAAAAAAAAAAUAUAUAUAUAUACAUAUAUUAUAUACAUGCUAACAAUCUUAGUACACGUUCGAAAAUAUUCAUUUGAAUCUUAUGCGAAGCGUUAAGAUCCAAAGCUGCUGAUAGGCUCUCUCUUAUAAAAGAGGAGAACACACGAUCGAGUCACUUAAUCAUCGAAGAUAUUUACAGAAUAAUCUCUUUCCUAAAGAAAAAUAUAAUGCCAAGUGCGAAAAUCUUUGCGAUUUUGAUCGCAAUUUUUUGUUUGGAAAAUCAUUUAGCUUUAAGCGAAUAUUGUUACGUUGACGAUAGAAAUCCCUUUUUGUUGUUCAGCACGAAAACUGCUUAUGAACACGUUCAUGGUACCAUAACCGAUUCCAAACUGCCAAAUUGCGAACCAUUGCAGAUUUGGAUGAUACUUAGACACGGAACUCGGAAUAGCGGCAGACAUUGGAUUAAAAAAUUAAGAAAUGACUUGCCACAGAUUCAAAGUGCUAUCAUCGAGAAUCACGACAAUUGUAGAUUGUGCGAAAAAGAUUUUAACAGGCUAAAAGAGUGGAACGGAUACAAACCUUUACAAAAGAAAAAGGCUGCACGAUUGACAAUGCAGGGUAAACAAGAUAUGUUUUUCCUUGGCUUACGAUUUAAGAAUUAUUUCCCGGAACUUUUCCAACCUCGUUCAAACAACGCUUUGGAUAAGCAGUAUCAAUUUAGAUCGACGAAAACUCAACGAACCGUAGCUAGCAUGGAAAACUUCAUCAAGGGCCUUUUUGACAAUGUAACCUUCGACAAUGUAAAAGUAGUAGGAAUCCCUCAAGACACACUGUUACAAUAUUACAAAAUUUAUGAACCAUAUUUGAAUGAAACGGCUAACACAACAGAGUUGUGGGCUGAAAGUGAUGAAUUAACACAUAGCGAAGAAUACAAUCAAAUGAUGAGCAACAUUAGUGAACGGCUUGGCUUGCCAAACCAAAAUAUAUCGGAUGAAGUUUUCACUCAAAUCGAAGACGUGUACACUAUUUGCCUGUUCGAGAGCGCUUGGUACAUCAACGAAAAAUCUCCCUGGUGCGCCCCGUUUACAAAGGAAGAUAUAGAAUGGUUUCAAUACAGGGACGAUAUGUAUUUUUAUUAUCUUUACGGUUACGGUCAGCAAAUGAGGAGCGAUGUUGGAUGUCCACCGUUGAAGGAUCUUUUCAAUCAUUUUUCAAAUUUGGAAAAUGGAAGUAAGGACGAACCGAAAGGUAUAUUUUACUUCACCCACAGUGCUGCUCUUCAAUUGCUGCUGUCCACGUUGGGAUACGCGAAAGACUCGGAGCCUUUGGUACACGAUACAAACAUCGAUAAGGCGAGAACAAGAAAAUGGUACACAGCGAAUCUGACGCCAUUCGCUGCGAAUUUAGCGGCCAUUUUUUAUAAAUGCGAUAAAGGUUUCAAGGUAAAACUUUAUUUAAACGAGAAACCAUUAGAUUACGAAGGAUGCCCCCGAGGCACUUGCGAAUGGAGUCAUUUGAAGAAGAUACUGAGGAAAAUAGCGAUCAACUGUGAAAUGGAUGUAAAACUGAAAAAUGAGAUGUAAUUAUUCGUUAAAUUUUUGUUUUAAAAUAAUCGUAUGACAAACGUCACGUGAAAGAUACCUGAACGUAUAUGUACACGUUGGAAUCAACGAAGCUAUGACGGCGACCUUAUAUUACUGUCAUACGAAGCUGGCAUGAUGAACGAUACGGUCAUACGUUAUGACACUUUCAAAUUUAGUCACGUUCACUUUGCAUUAUCAUUGAAAUUAUUAUGCCCCAUCUUUGGAGAUUUUAAUUCGUGCGUUGUUUGAUAGUAUUCCUUUUAUUUCUUUAAUCCAAUUCACAGAUUUUUACAAAUGUAAUUUAUGUGCCACACAAAUUUAGAAUAUCAGGGUUAAUGUUAUUAAAUAAGUUGUUUUAUAUGAUAUAUUUUAUACAAGUUUCUUUAAUAAAUUAUACGAUUUGAUUUUUAA